CCACACGUUACUCCCUCAUUCACUCACCACUUUCCUUUUUGUUGAAAAUCACCACACAACACCUCACCUCUACCUUCCCAAACCCCCACAGCCGGCUCACCUCACUGCCUUUAUUUUCUUCACAGUUCAUUUCACUUCUUCAAAAACCCCAAAACACAACACACCAAAAAAGAAAAUUCAAAAAAAAUGGCUUGGCUUUGUUCUACUUUUCUCUAUUAUUCUUUAUUCUCUAUUCCCAAAUAUUUCUAACACUAAAAAAAAUCCAAAACCAUCUUUUCUUUUUCUUUCUCUCUAUUUAUAUUAUUUCUCUCUCUUUGACUCAAACCCUAAAAUCCCAAAAACUUUCAACAAUGGCUACCACGACGACGACCAGCAUCAACACCGGCGGCGAGGACCGAGUCCUCGCCACGGCACAGCAGAUCGUGAACAGUUUGAACAACACGCCGAAGGAGGUCCGGCAGGACAUGCUGUUGAUUCUGUCGAGCUUCGACAAUCGGCUCUCGAAUAUCACGAGCUUGAUCGACGGCGACGGUGCGUCGAAGAGCGAGGAGGACCGGUUCGCUCUGGCGGAGAAGGUGAUUCUGCGGUGGGAUCCGAGCUCGGAGGGUUCGAGGAGGUCGUUGAAUUGGGAGGACUCCGGUGACGAGUCCAACGAGUAUUUGUCGGCGAUUGACGAGAUUUUGAAUCUGAUGGACGAGUUGUCGGUGAGGUCCGAUUCGGAGAUUGUGGAUCGGGCUUAUUCGGCGAUUCAGCACGCGAUGUCUCGGCUUGAGGAUGAGUUUCGGCAAGUUUUGAUUCGGAACACUGUUCCUCUUGACGCUGAGAGACUGUACGGUUCGAUCCGCCGGUUUAGCCUUUCGUUCCCGGUCAGCGGUUCCCGAAUUAUCACCGGAGAAGAUGAUGAUGAGGAUGAUGAUGAAGACGGUGGUGAAUUCGAGAGCUUUUCGGAGGAUGAUCGGAGCUCAAGGUUUCACGAGCGUGGUCCGAGCUUGGACGACAACGCUUCAGUCGAUUUGAUCGAUCCCAAAGCUGUGGAUGAGCUCAGAGAAAUCGCGACUAGAAUGAUUAGGUCUGGCUUUGAGAAAGAGUGUAUUCAAGUCUAUAGUACUGUUCGUCGCGACGCUUUGGAUGAGUGUCUCGUGAUCUUAGGGAUCGAGAAGUUGAGCAUUGAAGAGGUUCAGAAAAUUGAGUGGAACUCACUGGAUGAGAAGAUGAAGAAAUGGAUUCAAGCUGUGAAGAUUGUCGUUAGGUUGAUUCUCAGCGGUGAGAAGAGUCUCUGUGAUCAGAUAUUCUGUGGCGCCGAUGAAACCAAGGAGAUUUGCUUCAACGAAACCGUGAAAGGUUGCGUGAUGCAGCUGUUGAAUUUCGGUGAAGCUGUUGCAAUCGGGAGAAGAUCGCCUGAGAAGCUCUUUAGAAUACUUGACAUGUAUGAUGUGAUGGCUGAGGCGUUGGCGAGAUUGGAGGUGUUGGUUACUGAUGAUGUCGUGAUCAGUGAGGCGAGAGAUGUGCUCUCCGGGCUUGGUGAGGCUGCUUGUGGGACAUUUGCUGAGUUUGAGAACGCGGUUCAGAGUGAGACCUCAAAAAAGCCUAUGCAGAGUGGUGAGAUUCACCCACUGACACGGUACGUGAUGAAUUAUGUGAAAUUGAUUGUGGAUUAUAGUGAAACUCUGAACUUGUUGUUGGAAAUUCGUGAAGAUGAUGAUCAAUUAGUGCCUUUACGAAAUGAUGAUAGUGAUAGCUCGAGAUUGACUCCAGUAGCUAGGCGGUUGUUGGUGUUAAUAACCUCUUUACAUUCCAAUCUUGAGGAGAAAUCAAAGCUCUAUGAGGAUGGUGCACUGCAGUAUAUUUUUCUGAUGAAUAAUAUUCUGUACGUAGUGCAGAAGGUGAAAGGUUCUGAUCUUGGUGGGCUAUUAGGUGAUAAUUGGGUUCGGAAGCGGCGUGGGCAGAUAAGGCAAUACGCUACAAGUUAUCUUAGGGCUUCAUGGACCAAGGUGUUGCAUUGUUUGAAGGAUGAAGGGAUUGGUGGGAGCUCGAAUAACGCCUCGAGGGUGGCUUUGAAGGAGAGAUUUAAGAAUUUCAACGCAUGUUUUGAGGAAAUCUAUAGGGUUCAAACUGCUUGGAAGGUCCCUGAUGCUCAACUCCGGGAAGAGCUUAGGAUAUCUAUAUCAGAAAAGGUGAUCCCGGCUUACCGCUCAUUUAUGGGAAGGUUUGGGAAUCAAGUAGAGAGUGGAAGGCACGCUGGGAAAUACAUAAAGUACACAGCAGAUGAUUUAGAGAAUUAUUUGUUGGAUUUGUUUGAGGGAUCACCACGAGUACUGCACCACAUGAGGAGAAAAAGUACAUAGGAUAAAGGUGGACUCUUGUAUCAGGUAAGAGCCCAGCUCUCAUGAAGGACUAGAUGGAGAAGAGUGUGCCUGUUAAAUGUAGCUUGAUUGUAUGAUGCUUAUUUUUGUUGUUGUUAAUGUUAUAGACAUGGGUUUUUAUGAAUGUUAAUUGUCGUCCAUGCUAUAUACUGUAAUAAUUUAUUGUACAUGUACAUGUGCUAUAGAUUUUAGUUUUUGUAUGUGAAUCCCCAUUGCUCUGAAGUAACUGUGUCUAUACUUUAUUGGGCGUCCUGUGGGCUUCUUGACUGUAUUCUUGCUGUUUUGGCAUGUUUGUAUUUUUAUAUCAAUUUUGUUAUUGCAA